AUGAUUUGUGCACUGCCGAUUCUGGAUCUGGGGUGCACCACUGAGAAGCCUCGUUAUGGUAACGGUUUGGGCGGCAGUGGGGAUGGUGGUCGGCCUGUUCAGUGGGACCCAACUAGAGGCCCGCUGGCGCCUGCGAGGGAUGACUCCACACCCAACGGUAAUAUCCAAGUCGGAAAUGGUGCAGCUGUUGAGAACAGCAGCAGUAGCAGUAAUAGUAAUAUUAGCAGCAGCAGUCUGUGUUGCGCCUGUGAUGAUGAGUAUUCGCAGUGUGCGCUGCUUCAUGUAUCGUAA